CAACGGUCUUCCGAACCAAGUCAACAAAAUAGUCAGAAUAUUAACCAUAUUGCAUCUUCUAUUUUUCUUAUUAAGUUCAGCCAUAAACCCGAAUCUGAGACCUUCACAAUAGUCAAGAAACCUAGCCGUUACAUAAUACCCAGCAUCUCACUUGUCGCCUUUCCCUGGCUGAACCCAGUUGUCGUUAGAUCAAGAUUUUUGAGCUAACAUAUGCAUGAUUGAAUGAACAUCUUAGAUGGAGCAAAAGCAGCAGCAGGAGGUUUCAACAGAGGGGCCUAUUAAAUAAAGGAGAAAAACCCAAUUCAUUUGCAAUCCUUGAAACUAUUCGCUUAUUACAGUUGCGGUCUCUUUAAAAAUGGCUUCAUGCGAGGAGGGAAAUACACCAGAAUUUGUUGCGUUUAUGAAGCUGGCGUUAGAACAGGCACAAAUUGCAUUUGAGAGCCUUGAAGUGCCUGUCGGUUGUGUUAUUGUUAUGGAUGGGAAAGUGAUAUCAAGUGGAAGAAAUCGGACUAAUGAAACCAGAAAUGCAUCAAGACAUGCUGAAAUGGAAGCAAUCGAUGUUCUACUUGAGGAGUGGAAGGAAAAGAAACUUACAAAGGCUGAAGUUGCUAUUAUGUUCUCAAGAUGCUAUCUUUAUGUUACAUGUGAACCAUGUAUAAUGUGUGCUGCUGCCUUGUCAUUUCUUGGUAUCAAAGAAGUCUACUAUGGCUGUUCCAACGAUAAAUUUGGAGGGUGUGGAUCAAUAUUAUCCUUACAUACAAAUGCAUAUGGGAUAUCUAAGAGUAGUGAAGAUGUGAGCAAGAGUUACAAAUGCACCGGCGGGGUAAUGGCUGAAGAAGCUAUUUCUCUCUUUAGAAACUUCUAUGAGCUUGGAAACCCUAAGGCUCCAAAACCUCAUAGACAGCCGGUUCAACAUAAUGCUUAAAGAUGUUUGGGAUAUCACAGGUUUACAAAUAUGCAUGCUUUUUGCGUCUUCUCCUUCUGAUUAGCAUGGAUAACCACAUGCUUAGUUACAGUUUUAAAUUUCAAAGGAAAGUAUUUUAAUAUUGUAUUGACAGUUUUACAUGGUGUAACAAUAUAUCUGUGUCGCGUUUCUAGGGCUAUUA